AUGACUAUCUCCGCUCAAUUCCCUCCCCUGUCUGUGCAAAACAUUGCCCCAUCCCGUCGACUGAUCAACGUCUUACACCAGGAGCAUUUACAAGCGCAGAGAUAUCUCAGGUGGCCCCGCCUCAUCGUGCUCAAUGGCGUCUCGAUCCUUGACAUUGCCCUCAUUGGCACGGCACUCAAGGCCAAGCUAGACGGGGACGAUGACGUUGCCGUGGGAGAGUCAGUGGGCGUCCACACUUCCAUUCUCGAUAUCACCAUCGCACUCGUUGCACUGAUCGCGACGUGCACUAUCGCCUCUGGUAUAAUGGGCGUCUUGACAGUGCUCACGCUGUUUCUCAUGCAAAAGAAGGAGACGCCUCGGAGCGCCUUUCUCAAAUGGGGCUCUCUCGCUAUCGCCAACGUCGGCGUUCUUGUCAUGUCGGCCGUCGUGACCUGGAUGACAUAUACGCGAGGUGGCAAUGUAGAAUCGUCGGAGAUCAUCCCCAUAAGCAUUGUGCCUGCUGCUUCACCUCUCCUAGGCAUUCAUCUCAAGUACAAAGACCAGAACAACGUGCCUGUAUCGACUCUUUGCAUCCCUGAAUAUGCUCUCGCUGCUCCUCCUCGCCAGAUGGAACGUACCUUUGCCAUGGGCAUCAUGGAAAAGUCUCGCUUCUCGAGCUCGGGAUCACGCAAGCUACGGAACGGCCCUUCAGUGCCGCGAAGGACGACCAUCUUUUGCGCAACAGGCGUGCUCGCUGUCUUUCCGCUCAUCUUUGCACCAGUUGGCAUAUCCAGAUUAGCAAGAUCUGGCCAGGACAUCGCAAUCCUCUUUCCUCAGGGUACGACCGCCUCCACUUCGCUCAGCGCAUCUGCGGCGGCUCUGGCAAUCGUGUCGGCGCUCAUCUUGAUCCUGUCCAUCGUAUCUGCUAUCGCUAUACGGAGGAGGAAAUUCGCGCCUUUACUCAAAAUCGGUGAAGCCCUCGGAACUCUGUACAUCCUCAGCGGUAUCAGCGAAUUAGCCGCGUCGAUCGCAUUGGUUGUGGUGCUCUCGAGCGGAAGGGCUACCGUGAAGAAUGACGACAUUCCUCAAGCGGAGCUACAGGGGAUCGUCGAAUUGGACGAAAGGCUGGGCAUCAUCGACUUGAGUCUGUCGCACCAGCCUCUGCUCAUCGUGCUCGCCAUUUCUGGCUUCCUCGUGGUCGUCAUGACCGCCGCAAGUGUUGCGACUGUGCGCUUCGCGUACAAAGAUGCGAGAGUGCGGCGCGAGCAAGAGGAGUACAGGCGACGGACACGACUCACAAAGCAGACGAGCCCCCAGACGUUUUCACAGCUGCCUUAUGUAAUCAACGACGGCAAGUCAUACGUCGCGCCCUCAGUUCCGCCCAUGCCUUACCAAUAUCAGCAAAUCAAUCCUCGACCUACGAGCACACGACAGCGCUCGAUGGCAAUGCCGGAGCAGGCGCGAUCAAACAAGACGAUCUCAUCUCACGAUUCGGUGUACAAGGAUCAGUCUGCAUUCGCUAUUUGA